ACAUAGGGUACCUAUAUGUGGGCCGUGCAUUAGAAGCUAGGGUUUAAGAUAGAAAGAAGAACACACUCGCAAUAAAUCACAGGUAAAUUCUUCACGAUUUGCUGAAUAGGAAACCCUACAUUUCCAUAAUUUUUGUAGCUAAGGAUGCCAAAAAAGAGUAAUUCUAAGAAGCCUAAACCAGUGGAUGCAACAGCAAGUCCUGUUGUAGAAAAGUUGAAACCAACUCCUUCUUCUAAACCAAAAAAAUCAGGCAAUGAAAUCGACGAAAUAUUUGCUGGAAAAAAGAGGAAGAAACCGGAACAACUAGAAAAAUCAAAAUCAAGCGGAGAUUCCAUUACAGAGCCAAAAAAGCUGAAGAAAAGCAAAGAUAAAAGUAGUAAUAGUAGAGUUCCUAACGUGUUAUCUGAGCCGCCACGUCGACAGAGGAAAAAGACGGCGGAUGGGUUAACGAUAUACACGGAAGAGGAGUUGGGUUUGGGAAAGUCCGAUGGUGGAGGUACCUCACUUUGCCCAUUUGAUUGUGACUGUUGUUUUUAGUGAAUUCUGCUGGAAUCAUUUAAAUUAAAUGAACUAUCAGUUUGUAGUGAAGUUAUAUAGUUUAGGAUGGAAUUUUGUUCUCUUUGGCUGACUAGCGUACAAUUUUUCUGGAAUGUAUGAGAAAUUUUAUGUUUAGACUUAAAAUAGUUAGUCUGCUGGUGCAUUAUCAACAGUCAAUUUACACACAACUUUGUAUCGAACGAGU